UUUAUUCCGAACAGGAUAUUCACUGCGUGACUAUUGUUGAUCUUUCUCUUUCCGGUCGCCACCAUGAAGGUCGAACUCUGUGCGUUCAGCGGCUACAAAAUCUACCCUGGCCAUGGGAAAAGAAUGGUCAAAAUUGACGGGAGGGUCUUCAAUUUUGUUAAUGCAAAAUGUGAGCGUUCCCAUUUGAUGAAGAGAAACCCUCGUAAGAUCAAUUGGACAGUGCUAUACAGGAGGAAACACAAGAAGGGCCAAACUGAGGAAGUUACCAAGAAGAGGACGCGUCGUACCACCAAAUUUCAGCGUGCUAUCACUGGUGCAACUCUCACAGACAUCAUGGCAAAGAGGAACCAGAAGCCCGAAGUCAGAAAGGCACAGAGGGAACAGGCUAUCAGAGCUGCUAAAGAAAAAAAUAAGGCAAAGGAUGCUGUCAAGAAAGCCACCAAGGCUGCAGCUCCCAAGCAAUCACAGAAGGUAAAAGCCACAAGGAGCACACCAACAAGCAAGCCACGUGUUGGCGGAAAGCGAUAAAAUCCUCUGUAUAAAUUAUUGUAAUAAACUUGCCUUCUGGUGAUCUA